AUGAAUUAAAAAAUCAAAAAGCACCAUGAAGUAUUAUCUUCAGCAGCAAAUUAACAUAAUAAAUUUUUAGAUUCAGAUGAAGUUGCCAUUUUAAUUAAGAAUGCGAAUAGCACUAAUAUAAGUCUUCCAUUCAGUAUUUUAAACUCAACUUUAGAGUGGUAUAUUAGAACUAUUUCAGAUGAGAUUUAUAAACUAAACUUUUUGAAUCCAAAAAAGUUUAACAGAGUAAAAUUAUUUUGGCCAAGCUAAUAUGAAACUCAGAUAAAUCUCAUAUCAUAAUAUCUCGGAUAAUUUGAAGGCUUUGAUUUAGAAGAUUAUUUUGAUGUUAUUAUUAUGGCUGAUGUAGCUAAUGAAAAAGAGUUGAUUUUGAAUUGUUAUCUAAAUAGUUUUACCUUUUUAGUUGAAGAAAGAGAAUUAAAUAAUUUUUCAAAAAAAUAAGGAUUAGAAUUAUUUUAUGAAAGAAAGGAAGUUCUCAGAAUUAGAGAAAAUGAUCUCACCACUUUAGUAGAUUUAACAAAUCUUCUUUGUUAAAAAUAUAUAUUCUAGAGUUCCUAUUAGAAAUAAAAAGAUAAUAUUAAAUUAUCUCAUUAAGAAUUAUAUUAAAGAUUGAUUCCAAUUUUAUAAGAAGAAACUUUAAUUGUUUUAUAUGAGUUAUAUUAAGAUCUAUGA